ACAACUGCCCAAAAUACCUUUUUUUGAUAAUGUCAUCUUAGUUUUAAACGUGUGUCACAUUUUUUAUAUAAAUUUGUAUAAAAAAGCAAUAAAUCUGAAAAGUAAUGGAAGCCGCCUUUGACAAGUUACAGAAACAGGGAAAGAACGAUGUGGAUAACUUGGUGAAAUGGUUGAAGGACAUGAAACUAAUAGACAAGACAAAAGAACAAGAAGAGAGGCUGCGUGCCUUCUUUAACGAUGUGCCAGAUAAGACGAAUGUCCCUCUAGACAAGUUUAAAGAAAUAGUCCAAAAGGCAUGUGAUGAGUUUAAGAAGAAUUUCGAUGGGCUCGCCAAGCAGCUUGCUGAAUCCGGACCCAACCUACUGCUGACUCUUACUGGCGCUACCAGUAAGAAGUUGAAAGGAUUGCUUGGGAAAAAAUAGCAA